AGACGAGUCGACUCAGCAGUGCGAUACUGCUUGAUUUUUUUUAAUUCGAUAGCAAUAUUUUGUAAUUGCACGAUAGAAAGGCUUGCGUCUACGAUGGAGCUUAAACAGUAAUUACAAUAUAAUGCUGUGAGUGUGUCAAUGUUGGUUGAACCAGCGGACGCGGAGUGAACGGAUGUACCACUGCCCAGAACAAAACUGCGACUAAAACUAUUGACAAUAAAAUGCCUUUUGUGAACAUAAAGAAGCAAUAUUUAGCAAUCGGGAUGUUGAUUUUUGUUGUAUUAUUUUUCUUCAAUAGUCGACCAGCCUUUCAAUGCCAGUUCACACCGGAGGUUACCCCGUACUUGCCAACUAUAUACGGGAUAACACCGACGUACGCAAGACUCACCCAAAAGGCCGAUCUUACAAGGUUAUCACAAACAUUGAUGUUGGUAAAAAAUUUCCAUUGGAUUGUCAUAGAAGAUUCUGAUACAAAAACAAAAUUGGUUGAAAACCUGCUCAAAGAGACACCUCUUAAAUAUACUCAUCUCAACAUGAAGACGCAAAAGUCAAAACAUUCAUCGGUAAGUGCGAGCGGUGUAGAACAAAGGAAUAUAGCGUUAAAUUGGCUUAGAGGGCAUCUAGAUGCCAUUCCAGACAAGAGAGGUGCUGUUUAUUUUAUGGAUGAUGACAAUACUUAUUCGCUCAAGGUGUUUGAGGAGAUGCGGAAAAUACAGAAAGUAGGCGUAUGGCCGGUCGGCAUAGUGGGGGGUAUGCGAAUAGAGAUGCCCCUAGUGACCAACGGGAAGAUCUCCGGCUUCAAUGCGGUUUGGAAGCCAUUCAGACCUUUCCCCAUAGACAUGGCUGGUUUCGCUAUCAACGCCACUCUUUUCUUGAUUCACCCGGAGGCAAAGUUUUCCAGAAAAGUUCAAUCAGGAUUUCAGGAAAGCGAGAUAUUAAAAUACUUCACGACAAAGAACGAAAUGGAGCCCCUGGCCGAGAACUGUACAAAGGUGUACGUGUGGCAUACACGCACUCAAAAGCCCUCUAUACUUAAUCCCAAGAAACUAAAACACCCGCCAAUACCAGACGGCCAUAUUGAAGUCUGAUUUGACAAUAAAAUGUUUUCUGAUGUUCAUUAUAUCGAGCGUUGAACGCUUAUUUCGCAUUCCAACAAAGUGAGCAGGUGUAUUCCAUAUCAGUCUCUUAAAAAACAUGGAAUAGGCUGUAUAGCCUUUGAUCUUUGCCUGUUGCAAAAGAGAUCUACUGUCAAAGUAACCUACUUUUUAAAGUUUUACUAGUCACAGUAUAAAGAUGUCUCGACAUACUUUAAAAAAAAAAGUUGGAUUACACAACUUUUAGACAUUGUAGCGUCUCACUCUAACACGUCACUGCUGGCAUAAUCUUGUCUCACUCUUGUAAGGAUUGAUGUAUACUUUUAAAAAAAUGUGAACACAACACAGUCACUAUCUUAACUACGACACUUUAUUCUUGAUAGUUUUG